AUGUCUUGGGACAACACAAACUCUGGCUGGGGUGGCGGCAGUGCCACCACCGCUGACGAUGCCUGGGGCGCCGCUGCUGAUUCUGGUUGGGACAACAACGCUGCCAGCGGCGAUAACGACAAUGGCGACGGCGCUUGUCGUUUGUGUAACGAAGAGGGUCAUUUGGCGCGUGAUUGCCCCAGCGCUCCCCCCAAGAAGUGCAAGGGGUGCGAGUCUACCGAUCAUCUCGUCAAAGAUUGCCCCAACCGUGUUUGCAAGAAUUGCGGCGAGGCCGGGCACACCGUUUCUGCCUGCGACGGCGCUCGCAAGAUUGACCGCAGCCACCUGCAGGACAUGAAGACUGAGGAUGCCUGGGCCCUCAUCAACCGCGCCGUCAAUGAGCGUGACAUUGAUGAUGUCAAGGAGGCCAUCCAGACCUAUGUCAAGUCGGCCCCCAACACAACCUAUGCUGAGCUGGAGCGCACAUUCCGCGACCAGAGCGUCCCCCUCUGGCUGAUUGCCAUCGAGAAACCCCUGGCGGACACCUUCACCAACAUGGACCUUCAGGGUAACCUGAAAAAGAAGUACACCGUCACGUACCGGUUCCAGUGGAACCCUCCGCGCCCUCGCGAUCGCGAGCUCUGGCCUAACAAUGUCGAUGAAAACAUCGAGCGCCUCAAGGAUGCUGGCGAGGUCGUUUAUGGCGGUCUGCCCAAGUGCAGAAAUUGUGACCAGGUCGGACACAUUGCCAAGAGCUGCCCUGAGGAGAAGGUCGAGAAGGUCAAUACCGGUGUGAUCAUUUGCUUCGCGUGCCAAAAGGAAGGACAUCGCCGGAGAGAUUGCCCUGAGCCGCGUGUCGACAAGUUCGCCUGCAAGAACUGCGGUCAGAGCGGACAUAAGGCUGCUGACUGUACUGAACCGCGUUCGGCCGAGGGUGUUGAGUGCCGCAAGUGCAACGAGACCGGCCACUUCGCGAAGGAUUGCCACUCGGGUGGCGGUGACCUUGCUUGCUUCAACUGCGGCCAGCCUGGCCAUUCCAAAACCCAGUGCACCGAGCCUCGCAACCUUGCCAACGUCCAGUGCAGAAAUUGUGACAUGUACGGGCACACCGGACGCGACUGUCUUCAACCUCGCAACUGGUCCCGUGUCAAGUGCUCUAACUGCCAACAGAUGGGACACACGAAGGUUAGAUGCAAAGUUCCGCUGGCUCCUGAGGACGAUGGCGAUGCUGGCCACGGUGGUGGCGGCGCUGACAACGGCGGGUCCGGCGAUGGCGGCUUUGAGACGGGUGCCGGCAACGGCAACAAUGACGGCUGGAACACGGCCGCAACCGGCGGCGUCAACUGGUAG